AUGGCGGAGACGAGCUGCUACCGGGCGACAGACAGUGCCUCCGAAAUGGCCACCCAGCUGUCGCUGGAGAUUGACAGCACACAGCGAAGCUAUUCCGCCUGUACCGUGUGUCGGAAGAGAAAAACUAAAUGCAAGGGCGGAUACCCGGGGGUGUCCUCUUGUCGAUAUUGCAUCCAGACUGGCCAGCGCUGUAUCUUCACCCGGAAGCACAGAAAGGUCCUGAUAGACCAGUCGGAGCUUCACGAGCUCGAAAUCCGUGCGGGAGUUCGAAGAUGCUUUUAUAAGGACCGGCCACGGGAUGCCUCAAAGUCGCAUCCCUCGCCGGAUGUCUCAGAGCCUAGCUCGAAGAAGUAUUGGGAUCUCGACAUGGAAAAGCUCAAGCCAAACGACUCGUCCUCAUAUAACUUUGGGCGCACGGUCUUGAGGUCACUAUACCAAGGGCCAGCACAGCUUUUGGACACUGCCGCCGUAUAUGAUGCGCCCUCCUCUCAGCCUGCGAUCAGUCGGUUUCCGCGACGCUCGCCCGUUCUACGACGGCCGCAGCUGCCACCAUACGAGUUUGCAAAGGAGCUAUACAACAAGCAACAUAUGUACAUAGGCACCAUUUUCUCCUUCCUCCGCCCCGGAGACUUCGAUUAUAGACUCGCCCGGACCUAUUCGCACCCACCGGACCCAGAAGACUUGGAGUCGCGACUGGUUUUCUGUCAGAUACUAACUAUUUUUGCAUUUGGGACCAUUUAUUCUGUCAAUCAGUGGGUUGGCGAUGAAGGACCCCCGGGCUUGUCCUACUUUAAUGAUGCGCUCACUUUUCUGCCAGAUCUGCACGAGGGCGCAUCGGUGUUGUUCGUCGAGGUGCUGGGCUUAGUGGCAUACUACAUGCAGAAUUUGAAUAGGCGAGAUGCCGCAUUCCUUUAUAUUGGAGCAGCUUCGCGAAUGGCCGUCAGCCUCGGCCUACACCAAGAACUUCCCAAUACGGUAGCAAUGGAUAGCGUGGAGCGCGAGCAUCGUCGCCGCGUCUGGUGGUCUAUUUACAGCAUGGACCAGAUCAUUAGCGUCAAGUCCGGGAAUCCAUCGUCGAUGCAGGAGGACGGCAUUGAAACAAAUAUGCCGUCACAGUGCCUGGAGACCGAGUCGUCCGAUUACUCGGCUACGAUUUUGUCGCGGUAUACAGAGCUUUCCAAGAUCCUCGGUCAGACUAUGAGGGGAGUCUACGGAACGGCACACAAUUCUAGCCUCCAGCUCAUGGAGACAGUACGGGAAAUUGAUUCCUGUCUGGAAAUAUGGUUCACAAGCCUACCGGAAUGUUUAAUAUCGGACUAUGGAAAUAUAUUUCAUUCUCCAAUCCGCCGUGAGUCGAUUUCUGUGUUCCUGCACUACCACCAGUGCAUAAAUCUGAUAGCCCGGCCAUUGAUCUUCCACCUGAUCCGCAAGCAACUGCAAUCAUAUUCCGACAGCUCGUCAACUCUUGCAUCGAAUUGGAGAACAGGCGUUACACCAUACGCAGUCAAAGUGAUAGAAAAAUGCAUCUAUUCUGCUCGAGCAACAGUGGCCAUGAUGACUCAUGCCUUCAAGCUGAACAACGUCGCCACAUACGGGUUUAUGGAUGGCGAGCAUGCAUUUGCAGCUGCGCUCAUUCUCGUCAUGGUCAAUCUUGUGUUCAAGUCAGGGGACGAAGGCUCUACAGACGCCGAGUCUGCCUUAGAUUUAUUAGGCGGAAUCGCACGGAAGGGUAACGCGCAGACCCGGCAACGCCUGGACAUGCUGCUAGAGCUCAAAGCUGUAUCUGAACGUCAUAAAAGUAGCUUUGCCCCUGAUCUUAACAUUAAUCAGGACGAUGAUCUGCCCCUUGUCGUUGCAAAUGAAGAGGCUCCCUCGCAGCAAACAAAUGGAGCUACGGUUCCUGAUCUUGUUGAGCAUCACUCGGAUAGCUCAUCAACUGCUGAGAUUAUGCAACUAAGCAGUGGCAAAGGUGCAGAGCAAUUGUAUUGCAGUCAAUUUAUUAAUCUCUACGCGCCUCUAGAUCUUCUAGAAACAGGAUUUGAUUGUGAGGGACUCCUUGAUGAAGUGAUGCUCGAGAGAGUGGUCUAA